AUGCCUGAACACGAAGACGAGCUGUCUACGAGCAAGACGGAAGGAUUCAAGGUCGGCGAGAAGAAGACCCUCGAAGAGUACAAGACCUUGGAUCAGAACGACGAGUCUCUCAACAGAUGGAAAGCUUCCCUGGGUCUGAAUACUGGCGACCCCAUUGGCGACCCCAAAGAUCCACGCAAAUGCAUCAUCAAGUCUCUCGCCAUUGAGACGCCCGGGAAAUCAGACAUCACGCUCGAUCUGAGCGGCCCCAAGGCCCUCGAGGAGCUGAAAGAUAAGCCCUUUACAAUCAAGGAAGGCGCCAAAUUCUACACCAAGGUUGUUUUCCAGGUCCACCAUGAGGUGUUGAGUGGAUUGAAAUACGUCCAUGUUGUCAAACGCAAGGGAAUUCAGUUGACUAAAGACGAAGAGAUGCUGGGAAGCUAUGCACCAAAUACUACCGAUAAGCCUGUGUAUGAGAAGCGAUUCCAUGAGGAGGAAGCUCCUUCCGGCAUGCUUGCCCGCGGAAGUUACAGCGUACGAUCCAGGUUUGUGGACGACGAUGGCCAUAUUCACCUGGAAUUCACCUGGGCUUUCCAAAUUGCCAAGGACUGGGCACAUUAG